CCUCUCAAGUUCCUCAACUUCCACUAAUCCCUAAAGCAAACCAAAACAGCAAACAUGACCGUGUGGAUCCAGCCUCCCAGUCUAGAGAUGUUGACCAGGGGUCAUCUCAUCACUCGGAUGACGAGAGUAUGACUAUGAGAGACCCUCAGAUGGACCAGAGACUGACCGGACCAGCACAGUCAGUCUGGAGGACUUCUCUCUGGAACAGACGCCAUUGUGGUACCUGUUAGCUCAUCUAUAACCUGCCUGACCGCUGGGCUCAUUUGCGGGGCUAUCAUUCAACAGGAGGCAUUGAGCAUAAAGCAGCUCGUUCACAAGGGUGAGCGAAGUGGAGCCUGUCCUUACAGACCCUGGGUUCUAGUCAUCGCUGUCUCCAUACGGGCACAGGGGCAGAGCAUGGCUGAGACUACAAAGAAACGACCCAUCAUAGCCGGGAGAGAGAAAGGUCCAGGACCCGCCCGCUAUGCCCUUCCUCCCACCAUUGGCUUCAUGCGUCAUGACUUCACAAAGCCCACCAGCCCGGCGUUUACUUUCCACAGCAGGAUGAGUGACAACCUCUACAGCAUAGAUUCAAGCCCUGGGCCUCAGUAUUUUGUUGAUGCAAAGAUCACUCGCUUUGGGAGAGAUGGCACUCCUGCAUAUUCCAUGCUGGGUAGGAUGAGAAAGACCGUGGAAGUGUUCCAGACUCCAGGGCCAGGAGCAUACAGUCCAGAGAAAGCCCUUCCCAGCAGCACCAAGCGCAAGACCCCCUCAUACACAAUAGGGGCACGUACUAUCUACCGUUCCCUCGAUACGGUACCGGCCCCAAACAGGUACACGCUGCCAGCUGUCAUGGGUGCCCACGUGCCCACUAAGCCUGCCAGCGCCAGCUUCACCAUCUCCGGCCGCUGCCGAUCUGGAGGGUUCUCUGAGGACCUGUCGAAGACACCUGGCCCUGGAAGGUACAACAGCACAGACCCCAGCAUUUACCUGCCCAGGCAGCCAGCCUUCUCCAUGCUGGGCCGCAGCGGCCUCCCCGCCGACACCACCCUGAAGCCCGGCCCUGGCAGCCACAACCCAGAGAAGGUGACGGCACACAAGCCCCGAGCACCAGCAUUCUCUCUGGGCAUUCGCCACUCAGAGUUCAUCACUCCUCUGGUGGUGGAUGUGUUGGACUGACAUCACUUUCAGAUGUGAACUUAACUUGACCCAUUGGCAUGGUGAAGUAAAGUAGGGGCCAUUCCGAUUAACAGGAAGUGACACAGAUUCUCACAGCAUCAUCAGGGACUGAAUGUCAAGUAGUGCAUGUUAUUUUUGCUAUUGAAGGUUCUGCCGUUUCCA